AUGAACACUGUUAAAUCAUUCUGGCUGGGCUGGGGCUCUCUUUGUGUCGCUGGUGGCGGUGCCUACUACUUCGCUAAGCAGCAGAUCAACGCCGACCGAGUAGCCAAGAUGGAGGCGCACCGUAAGAAGAGACAGAUGAUCGAGAACAUGGAGUACACAGAGGGCGUCGGAAGCCCUGCCCGCACCGAUAGUACUGGCUCUCCUAGUCAAGAAGCCAGCAACGACCCUGCUCCUACACGACAUGCGCCGGCGACCGAGGCCCAAAGAGUUGGCGAGAAGGGCAAAUACGAAAGCAACCAGGUCUACCGGAGUCCAAAGGGAGAUCGGUUCUCUUAA